UGUUUCGGAUUGUCAUCUUGGGUGCGGAGCCUGAUGAUGAAACGAAACUGAAAAGUGCCCAGGCUUUUAAAAAGUGCUUUGCCAUCAGCUGACGCAUUCGCCUUCCUCGUCCGGGAGACGCCGGUCAGCACGACGAGAGCUGAGGAGGUCUAUAUGUGGUGAUGUGAUGGAGAAAAAAACAGGACACCCAAGGCGAGACAGUGGAGCUAAACAUGGCAAUGGACAUACUGGGAAUGCUAAUGGACCAAUAGGUAGGGGAAAUGGAGGGGCACGAGGAAGAGCACCCCCAAACCGCCCCAAGCCUAGUCAAUGUGAAACUGAAAAGAAACCAAAUCAUGGGCUUGGGGGAGGAGCUACAGCAGGUGCAGGAGGACAAGGCGGGAGGGGCAUGGGGAGAGGGCAAAGGACUGCUGGAGCUGAGAGGAACCAAGACAGGGGCCGAAGAGAUGGAGGCAGAGGGGGGAGAGGGAGAGGAGGGAGCAGGAGUCAUAGUAGACCUGGAGGAGAGAGAGGGGCUGGUGAGUUUGGUGCAAAUGGAAACGAAGGAUGGAGGAUGCAAUGGCAAGACAAUGGAGACAGAAGGGGAAGUAAUAGCGGGGCAAGGAGGGCAAGUAGACCAGAGAUAACUGAAAAUAUGGGGGACAGGAGAAAUGGACCCAAGUCGGAUGCUCCUAAAGUAAGCGGGCUAGGUUUUAAAAAGCUUGAAGAACUUUCUACAAAAGAGCCAUCAGAAGUGGCCGUCUGUGUGUCCUCCCACCCGGGUCUGAAACCUCUGCUGAGUGAGUCUACAAUGAGGAAGGACCUGGUGGAGCUGCUGUGUCAGGUGCUGAGUAAAGCCUUCAAAUCCCGAGCAGACAGGGGCACCCUGCAGCACCUGGCUGGGAGAAUCAAAAACUCAGGCUUUCUGCGCACUGUCCUGCCACAGUACCUGGCAGGUGUAGGCUCUGAGUCCGACAAUGCCCGCAGAGAGAAAUAUCCACAGCACCUUGAGAACAUCGUGGCCAUCCUCACACAGGUGCUUAGCACCUUCCCUGCCAGCUCAGUCCAGCCUGUGAGUCUGCUUCUGGCGCUGCUGCCAGUGGCCAUCUGCAGCCUGAGGACUUCAGGAGUGGACGUUCCAGCUCAGAUAGAGGCGAAUAUGGAGCAUCUUGAAAAACUGGUCAGACAUCUCGAAAUCAGGUCCAGAGAGGGCACGUUACGUUCAGACAAGGAUACAUAUGCCCUACUGCCCACUGAUGGUGACAACCAAGAUGAAGACCAGCAGGACUUCAGGACUAUUCCCAUCUACCCAACCCCAGAGGAGCUUCGACACGAGGACAGACCCUAUCUCAGACCCAACCUCACCUCCCAGCGCUACCAAAACACCCAUGUGUAUCUGGACACACACUUUCGGCUGCUCAGGGAGGACUUUGUGAGGCCGCUCAGAGAAGGGAUCCAGGAGCUGCUGCUACUGCAAAUGAACCUUGGACGAAUGGACAACCUGGGGCAUCAAGUAAAGGGAAAGCGACUGGACGACAUCAGAAUGUAUCAUGAUACAAAAGUGAUAGCCCCUAAGUGCACAAUCAAUGGCCUGGCAUAUGUCGUCCAGUUUAAUGUGGAGCCACUGAAGUUUGUGCGCUGGCAGAAUUCCAAGAGGCUGAUCUUUGGUUCAUUGGUCUGUUUGUCAUGUGAUAACUUUGAGAGCUUCCUCUUUGCAACUGUGUCAGAUCGAGACCCAAAAGAUCUCCAAGAAGGAAGAGUUCAAAUCACUUUUACAGAGGAAAGCAGACAUAGGCUGGUCAGGAUUGAGCAAAACCAAGUGUUCUUGAUGGUAGAGACCACUGCUUACUUUGAAGCUUAUCGCUAUGUCCUGGAGGGCCUCCAAGAGCAGGAGGAGGGAGAGCUGCCCUUUCAGAGGUACCUUGUAGACUGCAGCCCAGAUGUGGACCCUCCAGCUUAUCUGCGCAGAGCUGACACUUAUGACCUGUCGUCUGUGGCCCACCCUGACUUCAAGACCAGAGUCAAGCCAUUUCACUGCCUGGAUGCAAAGGCCUGGCCCACAAUGGAGGAGCUGGGGCUGGACGAGUCUCAGUUCAAAGCCUUUCAGUUGGCCCUCACUAAAGAGCUAGCCAUUAUACAGGGGCCCCCAGGGACGGGAAAAACGUAUGUUGGAUUAAAGAUUGCUCAGGCUCUGCUGACCAACCAGAAACUUUGGAGGAUUAAUACUCCCGUUCUGGUUGUGUGUUACACUAAUCAUGCUUUGGAUCAGUUUCUUGAAGGUAUCCAUAAAUUUCUCCCUGAUGGAAUAGUGAGAGUUGGAGGCCGCAGCAACAGUGAGAUCCUGAAGCGCUUCAAUCUGAGAGAAUUGGCUCACAAAGAGAAGGGCAAACGGAAUGGCCGCAACGGCCUGUCAGCUGCUUAUAACACAAUUUUUCGAGAGCUUUGUGAGGCUGAACGUGAGCUGCAGGUUCAGAGUAUGCAACUGGAAUGUUCAGUCAAAGGAGUCCUACGAGAGAAUGUCCUGCAACGACAUAUAUCAGCGAAGCACUGGGACAGUCUACAUGUGGUUUAUAUGGAUGGAUUUCAAAGGAAGCUUGGCAAGAAAAACCUGAUCAUGGAGUGGCUGGGUCUUGGCGGUCUCUCAUAUGGACAUGCAGUCAAUGAUAUGGACGUCGAAGCUGCUUUGGAGGAGCCAGAAGAUGUCCUCAUUGAGCCAGAAGAUCUGCUCAUUGAUAUUGAAGAGGAGGCAGAUAUGUUGGCAGCUGAGCGCAUUAUCGAUGACUUCAUUGAUCCCAGAGCUGGAAGAAAUGGACACAAAAAAGGGGACACGGAGCAGGCCCUCAGGGAAGUGCAGGACAUGAUGCUGGCCAUGUCUCUGGAUGAACCUGAGCCACAGGCUAAUCCUCAGCCAAUUCCGGGAAUGAGUGAUGACAUUUGGGAGUUGCAAAAGAAACAAAAGAAAAACUUGAAGAAAAGAAUCAAACAUGAGCUGCAGAAAAAUUCUACUAUGACUGAGACAGAGGAGCGCCGUAUUACUAAUAUCUGGACACUGAAUGUAGCUGACAAAUGGAGACUUUAUCGUUUGUGGCUUUCCCGUUAUAGAAUAGAACUGCGCACCAAAACCUUGGAUUUAGAACAAGAAUAUCAAAACUCAGUGGACAGACUCGCUGAAGUCAAACGACAACAAGACUGUCAUAUUCUUAGAGAGGCAACGGUGAUCGGCAUGACAACGACAGGUGCAGCCAAGUUCCGUCACACGCUGCAGCAGGUGCGCCCGUCUCUGGUGAUCGUGGAGGAGGCAGCAGAGGUUCUGGAGGCUCACACCAUCACCACUUUGAGCAGCGCCUGUCAACACCUCAUACUCAUAGGAGAUCAUCAGCAGCUGCGUCCAAGUGCCACUGUGUAUGAACUUGCAAAGAACUUCAACUUGGAGAUGUCGAUGUUUGAGAGACUAGUGAACAUGAAACUUCCCUUCGUCAGACUCAAUUAUCAGCAUCGCAUGAGGCCUGACAUUGCCCGUCUCCUGACCCCACACAUCUAUUCAGAGCUGGAGAACCAUCCCUCAGUGUUACAGUAUGAAAACAUCAAGGGUCUGAACACCAACCUGUACUUUGUGGAACACAAAUACCUGGAAGAAGAAAUCAAAGAUGGAAGAAGUCAUCAGAACAGGCACGAAGCCCAGUUUGUUGUUGCUCUGUGUCGGUACCUCCUUCUUCAGGAGUACAAACCAGAGCAGAUUACCAUCCUCACCACUUACACAGGCCAGCUGUUCUGUCUGCGCAAACUCAUGCCUGCUAGUCAGUUCUCAGGGGUCAAAGUGCACGUGGUAGACAAAUAUCAAGGAGAAGAAAAUGACAUUGUGUUGUUGUCUUUGGUCCGGAGCAACAUGCAGCGUAGGGUGGGCUUUUUGAACAUCCCCAAUCGAGUGUGUGUGGCUCUGUCACGUGCAAAGAAAGGCCUCUACUGCAUUGGGAACAGUGAGAUGCUCGGCCAAGUCAAACUGUGGAGCAACAUCUUCCACACUUUGAGGGAGAAGGACCAGAUUGGCACAGCUCUGACCCUCUGCUGUCAGAAUCACCCCUCUCGACAGGUCAAAGCUUCUGGUGCCACCGACUUUGAACAGGCCCCUGAAGGAGGCUGCACCCAGCCCUGUGAGUACCGCUUGGACUGUGGCCAUGUGUGUGCUAAAGUCUGUCAUCCCUAUGACCAAGAGCACAAGGAGUACCAGUGUUUGAAGAAAUGCCAGAAGAUUAUUUGUGAUUUAGGACAUCGCUGCCUUAACCUGUGCUACCAGAAAUGUGGUGAUUGUAAAGUUUUGGUGGAGAAGACCAUCCCUAAAUGCCAGCACAAACAGAUGGUUCCUUGCCACAAGGAUCCAUACAGCGUUGUGUGCCAAGAGCCAUGUCAGAAAACACUUGGGUGUGGACAUCCAUGUGAUAAAGUUUGUGGGGAACCCUGCACCUCUAGGUGCAAAGUAAAGAUUAACUUUAAUCUGAAGUGUGGCCACAGCCAGAAGGAUUUUUGUUGGUACAAAACACUGCAAGAGGAGCCAUCCUGUACAACUCCAUGCGAGCAACAGUUGAAAUGUGGUCAUCCAUGCCGUGGUAAAUGCGGUCGUUGCCACCAGGGGCGCUACCACUGUGGCUGUUCCCAGAAGUGUGAGCGCCUCCUGGUCUGCUCUCACAAGUGUCAGGCUCCUUGCACAAACUGCCCUCCUUGUUCUCGUCCAUGUGAGAAUCGCUGUAUCCACAGUCACUGCCCCAGCCGAUGUGGUCAGCCCUGCCAACCCUGUGUGGAGCCCUGUGCCUGGCAGUGCCCACACCAAACCUGCACCAAGCUCUGCCACGAGCCCUGUGACCGCCCUCCAUGUAAUGAACCAUGUGAUAAGACCCUGGCCUGCAGGCACCCUUGCAUCGGCCUGUGUGGAGAGAAAUGUCCAGACAAGUGUCGGUGUCAUCGUGAAGAGGUCACCGAGAUCUUCUUUGGCUUUGAGGACGACCCAGAGUCUCGCUUUAUUCAGCUACAAGACUGCGGACACGUCAUUGAACGCAGAGCAAUGGACCAAUACAUGGAGAUGGAUGAGAGACAGCAAGACAACCAGGAAGAAGUGGCAAUCAAACUCAAAGAGUGUCCCAAGUGUCGCACACCAAUACGCAAGAACCUCCGUUACGGCUCUCACAUAAACCGCUGUCUGGCUGAGAUAGAGCUGGUGAAGCAGAAGAUUGCAGGAAAUCCAGAAGACAUUCAUUCACAAACUUUGGCCUUAAUGGUACGAUGCACAGAAAUCAAACACAAGGCAGUACUACCAUAUGAGUUCCGCAAAAUAGAAGAGGAACUGCAAAGCCCUCCCCUCUCCGCUGUCGACCUGUGGGUCAUUGAGAACAAAAUGGACUUCUAUACACGAGUUGCCAAGCUUCAGGUGAUUGAAAGAGAAAAGAUGUCUUCCUCUGAAGCUGCAGCAUUUAAAGAAAGGAUUCAAGAGUUUAUGAACUGGCUCAAAGCUCCACAGCAGAGAUUUUCAGAACAGCAGGUGUACGACUUGGACCGGGAACUACGGAGACUCACGCUUUUGGCUGAACUAAAUGCUCUCUCCUAUAUGGCACAGCUUCGAGGACAAAUGAGAAACAUUCAAAUGGAGGCACAAACUCUAGGAGAAGUUCUAGGAAAGUGUGGUCCGUUCACUGAAGAUGAUGAAGCAAGAGCCAAACAAAUCAUAAAAGAACUGAAAAGAAAGUCCCCUGACACUGGAUUGGGGAUCAGUGAUGAGGAGAGGACGAUGAUUGUCUCAGCCAUCCAAAUGCCCGGUCACUGGUUCAAAUGCCCCAAUGGUCAUGUGUAUCUUAUAUCCGAUUGUGGAGGGGCCAUGGAGAGCCGCAAAUGCCCAGACUGCAAUGCUGUUAUUGGUGGGGCCAGUCAUAGGGUUGCUACUGGUAACCAGCUGGCCUCCGAAAUGGAUGGAGCACAAAGACCAGCCUGGCCAACAGCACUCGGACCACAGUUGAUUUAAACUGAACUCUCUUAUUUCAGAUUGCAUUGGGCACAUUCUAACUGGCAGAAGUACGAAUAUUAGAGAUUUAGUCUAUUAAUUAUCAUGCACUUGCAGUUACAUUCAGUACAAUAAAGUAGUAGGCUAUGUGAAAUGGUGGAAAAACUACUGGAAAUCUGUACUCAAGUCAAAGUACAGUUACUAAUGUACUCAGUUAUAAGUAUAAGUUUAAAAAUCUACUCCUCUUCAUUAGACUUGACUUUAUGUUUUAAGUAUGUAGCUCAAAAGUUUUUUUUUUUUUGUGUGUGUUUCUACAUUUUUGUCUACUUAAUUGUCUACAUUUUUUAAAAGAUGAACCAAAAAAUAAAUAAAAUUAAAAAUUAAAUGAAUGAAAUAAAAAAUGAAAUAUAUAGACAUCUGAUUGCAUAUUUGUAAUUACAAAUUGGAUGAACUUUGCUUUGAAAAUAUGUGUUGGACUGAAUAAUUUGUCUUUUAUCCUAUUACGUGUGAAAUUCUAGUUGUUAGUAUUGGUGAUUUUCAGAUACUAGAAUGUGGAUACUUGUGGGGCAAGAGUCAGAUUUGACUAUAGAUUACAUUGUACUUUGCCACUGAAUGACUAAAAGCUAAAUGCAAAAAUAUUGGGCCUUUGUUGGACCUGUUCUAUUAUUGACCAGAGCCUACAUUGUUCUGUAUUGCAACAAAAAUCAGAUUUUUAACAAUAGUAAUUUUAGCUGUUCUUGCCUGUAUUAAACCGUGUGGACCUUUAUAACCUUGUGAAACUCAGCAAUAUGUGUGUAAUAACUUUUUUUUUAAAUGAACAAAAAAUAAACAUCAAAACUGAAAAUGUAA